AUGCGCUUCUGCCAUGGGACGGCAGGUCGAGCGACUGGCCAGGCCUUCGUUCGCUUCGCGGACGCCGAGAAUGCGACCAAGGCCCUCGAGCGUAACAGGCAGCACAUCGGGUCGCGUUAUAUCGAGGUUUUCAAGGGGCACUCAGCAGACAUGGAGGGGGCCUUGCGGAUGGCGGGCAGGGGCGGUGCUGCUGCUGCUGGUCCGGGGGCGGGGGCGCCUAAUAUGGGCAUGGCGGGCAUGGCGGGCAAUAUGGCGGCGGCAACAUCUGGGCUGCUUGCGGGUGGUGCUGCGGGGGCUGGGGUGCCAGGAAUGGCGGGCAACACGGACAUGCGCUACAGCGGCGUCAUCCGCAUGCGCGGCAUGCCCUAUAGUGCGACGUCGGCGGACAUAGCGGCGUUCUUCAAGGGCAUGCAGAUAGCGCACGACGGCAUCUUCCUCUGCUCGCACCCCGACGGCCGCGCCACCGGCGAGGCGUUUGUGGAGUUUGCGAAUGAGGAGACGGCAGCGAGGGCGCUGCAGCUGCACCGAGAACCCAUGGGCCACCGGUACGUGGAGCUGUUUCGGAGCACCAAGGGGGAGAUGAUGGCGGCGGUGCAGCAGCGCAUGUACUCCAUGUUCCCGCCCGUCCCCACCUUCAUGGGCCCCGUACCGGGAAUGAUGGGCUUCGGAAUGCCCAGCCUGGGCGCCGCCAACCUCGCCGCCAUGCACAUGGGCGCGGGCGGAAUGGGGGGCGCAGGUGGAAUGGGCGCAGGGGGGAUGGGGGGCGGAGGCAUGGGGGGACCAGGAGGUCCCGGGGGCGGAAUGGGCGCAGCGCAGGCAGCAGCAGCGGCGUCAGAGAACGUAUGCAUAAAGAUGCGCGGGCUGCCCUUCAGUGCAGGCCAGGAGGACAUUCUGGCGUUUUUCGAGGGGUAUGAAGUGGUGGGGAACGGUGUGCACAUUAUGACGGGGCACAACGACCGGCCUACAGGAGAGGCGUUUGUGGAGUUUGCAUCGUCGGAGGAGGCAGGGCGGGCCAUGGAGCGCCACCGGCAGCACAUGGGGAAUCGUUAUAUUGAGCUCUUCCGUGUCUCCAAGAGUGAGGCGCUGGUGGCGGUGCAAGGGGGGUCGUUGGCAGGGUUCAACAUGGCGGGGGCGUUGGAUCCCAACAUGCAGCUGCUGCUGCUGCAACAACAGGCAGCAGCAGCAGCAGGGUCGUUUGGCAUGGGGGGAUGGGGGGGCGGCAUGGGCAUGGGAGGGGGGGGCGGAGACUUCUAUGGGCGCCAGGGAGGGGGAGGAGGGGGUCAGGGCUAUGACCCCUCACAGCAGAACUAG